UUUAUAAGCUGCCUCCCCAGAACGUCCUAGCAUCUGGUUCAUUUUGACUUCCCUGUGGCAAUGGGUGGUCAGUUAUGGCUUUGUGUGGGCUUAUUGGCACUGUUUUUACAAGCUGGAAGCUGUCUUAAUCGUUGCAGAAUGGGGUAUAGUCUAUGCAAGGAUGGCUUAGAAUGUAUCCCCUACAACCAUGUCUGUGAUGGAGAGGAGGACUGCAAGGAUGGUUCUGAUGAACAGGACUGUGAAGCAGGAUGUAGUUCUGACCAGUUCCAGUGUGCCCAUGGUAAGAAGUGUAUAGACAAAGAUCAGGUAUGUGAUGGUGUACCUCAGUGUCAGGACCGCUCAGAUGAACAACAAUGCCAGAAACACCCUGAAGACUGCGCUCACCACUGUGAUGAGAAGAGCCACUGCUUGCCUGCAAACUUCAUCUGUGAUGGAGAGAAGGACUGUCUGGAUGGCACUGAUGAGGCAAACUGUGAGGACCAAAAGGAAGCUGGAACAAUUACAGGACCUACAACGGCCCCUUCCGGUCAGUCUCGUCCCCUCAGAUGUGGCUUGGGCUCCCAGAUGUGCAAAGACAAGUCGGACUGUGUCCACUACAAUCAUGUCUGUGAUGGAGAACCAGAUUGCAGAGAUGGCUCAGAUGAGGAAGAUUGUGUCUCAGAAUGUGGAACUGACCAGUUCCAAUGCGCCCACGGAAGAAAAUGUAUUGAGAGAAGUAAAGUGUGCGACGGCGUGCCACAAUGCCAGGACCGCUCUGACGAACUUGCCUGUGCCAAGCGCAUGGAGGGUUGCGCUCAUCUAUGUGACGAAAACAGCCGCUGCGUCCCCAGCAGUUUCCUGUGUGACGGGGAGCAGGACUGUAGCGACGGCAGUGACGAGGCAACCUGUGCUGAUUUGCAGUGCAGCUCUACAGAGUUUAAGUGCCUCAGUGGCCAGUGUGUUUUGGCGUCAAUGCGUUGUGAUGGUCAUCCUGACUGUCCGGAUCGCUCGGAUGAGGACGGCUGCACCAAGCCACCGGUCUGCACAACCAAACAUCGCUGUCCUCACAGCAAGGAGUGCUUGGUGCAGGAGUGGCUCUGUGAUGGAGACCAGGACUGCAAAGAUGGCUCGGAUGAAAAGGAUUGUCCUGUGACACCAGUCAGCUGUGGUGCCUUCCAGUGGUCUUGUAAGUCAAACACCCAGUGUAUUCCUACAGUCUGGAGAUGUGAUGAGAUUAAAGACUGUGACGAUGGUAGUGAUGAGACAGAAUGUGGCAUGGGAACAUGCCUCCCUCAUGAGUUCCAGUGUGGCAGCCAGGAGUGUCUGGAUCCGGUCCUUGUCUGUAAUGACGUUACAAACUGUGCAGAUGGUUCAGAUGAGGGGGGCAGCUGCCAUAUGGCCUGUACUGCUGCUGACCGCUGUAUACAGGGCUGCCACAGCACACCCCAGGGACCGCGCUGUCGCUGCACAGCAGGGUACAGGCUGCUGGAAGAUGGUCAAACGUGCUCUGAUGUAGAUGAGUGUGACAACCAGGCACAAAGUGUGUGCAGUCAUCUGUGCAUUAAUGCACCUGGGUCAUACCAGUGUGAGUGCCAUCCAGGCUUUAUAAUGGAGGCGGAUGAAUACCAAUGCAAAAUCACAGGUGAACCGUUCCUGCUGGCAUCUGUCCAGACAGAGUUGUACAUGUAUGGUUUGCGCACCGGAAGCCUUGAUGUCUUGUCUUCAUCUGCCAAAAAGGCAAUCUUGUCUGUAGACUAUGACUGGCGGGACCAGAAGGUUUUCUGGGUUGGUGUGGACACUGAAACAAUCAGGUGGUCUUCUAUGGACCAGAAGACUACAGGAAUUCUCACUAAAGGUGUCCGGGCAGACUCUGUAGCUGUAGACUGGCUUGCAAGGAACCUGUACUGGAUUGAUGGUGUAAAUAGUCAGAUUGUUGCCAUCAGCCUCGCAAAAGCAUCUGUCAAGUCACUGGACCAAAGCAUCAUCCUGGAUGAAGAGUUGGACCAGCCUCGCUCUCUGGCCCUGCUGCCACAAAAAGGGCUGAUGUUUUGGACAGAAAUUGGUAACUUGGUUAAGAUUGAACGAGCUGGCAUGGAUGGGUCUGAGAGGAAGGCAAUCGUGAACUCCAGCUUGGGCUGGCCAGGUGGCAUUACAGUAGAUGUCCUUUCAGAGAGGGUUUUCUGGACAGAUGAACGACUGAAAGCAAUUGGGUCUUCCACGCUAGACGGUGACAAUGUGAAGAUUUUCCAGCUGAAGGAGACUACCAAUCCCUUUUCUGUGGCUGUAUUCAAUGACUUGCUUUACUGGUCUGAUGCCAAGAGGAGAGUGGUGCAAGCUGUUAAUAAACUCUCCGGUAAGAACAGGCAGGUUAUCCUGAAGAGACCUGGCCAACCUUUUGCUAUUAAGAUUAUACAUCCAAUAAUGCAGAUGGACACAGAGAGCCCCUGUAAGAAGAUGGCCUGUUCCCACAUGUGUGUUUUGGCACAAAGACGUCAGGCUGUGUGCAAGUGUCCCAGUGGCAUGUCUUUGGCUGAAGAUGGUCUGCUCUGUUCCAGUCUGCCCAAAUCAACAUUCCUGCUGCUGUUGUCACCACCUGCUGUCACAAAGAUCUAUUUUCAAGCCCAACAGGCAACAGAGUUAAAAGGCUUGCCUGACCAUCUGGCAAUGACAAUCCCUGGCAUAAGUGACGCAAAAAUCAUGGACUACAGCACACAUGACAACACUCUGGUCUUGACGGAUGCCAACACAACUUCAAUAAAGUUCUUCAAGCUGAGAGACUUGGCCUUGGUUGCUGAAGGGCAGAUUCUCAAACUGCUAGAUGACCAAAUCACUGCCAUGGCCCUUGACUGGGUGACCCUUAAUGUAUACUGGAGCAGCAACAAACAGCCCCGACUGCAGGUUACGUCAAAAACCGGGGCAUACACAGCCAUUCUAAUAAAAGAUGGGAUUGCUGGAGUGGGUUCCAUUGCCCUUCAUCCUAAAAGUGGAAAAGUUUGCUUUACCAACCUAAAUCUGAAAGAUGCUGGCAGCAAGGCUGCAGUAGAAUGUGCUUACAUGGAUGGUGGAGAGCGACGAGUUGUGUGGAAAGAUGCAGUUCAACCAGCAUCUCUAGUCUUUUCCAGUACUGGGGACAUGAUCUACUGGGCUAACACAGGAAUGGGGAAAAUCAGUCUAGUCAAGACUGAUGGCUCUGGAUACAAGGAACUAGAGGCUGGAGCUGGGCUGACUGCUGUAGCUCUUGGUGACAUGCCAAUCUGGAUGACUGUCGGUGAUAUGACAAGACUUUGGUACAGAGAAGAUCAGCAGCAAAAACUAUGGUUUGAGGUUGGCACAAGAGUACUUGGCUUGAAAGCCUACAGUGAGUCUACGCAGUCUGGUUCCAACCAGUGUGCAGCAAACAAUGGCAACUGCCAGCACCUGUGCCUCGCCACCCCAACAGGACGGACGUGCAAAUGUGCCCAUGACUUCAAUGCAAAAGACACAAACUGCAGCCCUGAUCAGAGCUGCUCAACUGGUGGUAGAAAAUGUCUGGACCAAACCUGCCUGCCAGCUGAGAAAUUCUGCAACGGCCAUGCUGACUGUGCCGAUCACUCAGAUGAAAACUGUGCUGGUGCCAAGCAACAGUCAGAAACAAAGGUCUCUACUUCAAAUCAGAGUACACUUCCUCCUCACACUCCAUCCCCGAAGAUGAACCUGGGCAAAGCUGUAGAGGAAAACGCUGAAGUCCUGGAGGCAAAGUGCAGCCAGAAUCGUUGCAGUGGGAAAGGGAGCUGUGUGAAAAUUGAUGGGGUCACUACAUGCAAAUGUGUUGAGAACUACAGUGGAGCAUCUUGUCAGAACAUUGCAGCAAAAGGCAUCCAGGGCCCCAUUAUCUAUGGUGCUGCAGGUCUCUGUGGCAUAGUUGUCAUUGCUGUGAUGGCAGUGGUCCUCAAAAAUGCUACUUCAAGGGGAGGGAGACCAGAUGCAACAGUGGAAACCAGCAUGUCUGAACUGCAGAAAAAAGUGGAAACCACAAGUGGCACACAGAAUACCCAGGCAACUUCAAAGAAGCAAGAGGAACCAGUAUCUUCUGUGGAUUAAUUCAUAACUUUUUUUAAUAAAGAGUUUGCAUUUUCA